AUGCCCGAGGAUCUGCUCAUCACAGACUACACGCAAUCGCUCGAGGAGCUAACCUUCAAUUCUGCGCCGUUGAUCAAGACGCUCAGCGUGAUAGCGGGUGAAUCCGUUUCGCUGGCCUCCGAAAUCGCCCUGGCGGUGCAAUUCCGCAUCAAUAAAUGCCCACCCACACAGAAGCUCUUUGCCUUCUACCUACUCGAUAGCAUCUGCAAAAACGUGGGUAACCCGUACAACAUCCUCUUCGGAACAUCUAUUUAUGACCUCUUCACGCGCAACUACACGCUUGUGAGUGACCAGGUCAGACAAAAGCUCAUCAACUUGUUCACAACCUGGCGUGACACCAAAACUGCCACUGGUUCGCCGUUGUUUCCACAGGACCAGCUCGAUCGCAUCGAGGAAUUUCUCCUCCGUGCGACGCGCAGCACGACGGAGUUGUCAAAGGAAUCGCUCAUAGCGGAAAUCGAGCAGCUCAUUCCGCUUGUGACAAAGAAGAUGGCCGUUCUGCCGCACAUGAUGGACAAGCUCCGUACGCAGCUCGAGGGUUUGAACGAUAUCAAGAAGUUGUUGGCUUCGACGAAGCUCCCGGUAAAGACUCUUGCGCAGAUCAAGGAUAAGCUUGGGGGGUUCAAAAAGGAGAUAGAGACACCGGCCCCUGGACAGCAACCUCAAUGGCAUACCAAUGGGGGAUAUCCAGGGAAUCCAGUGAAUGGCUCAAAUAAUCCAGGACAGUUUAGCGCUCCGGCACCAGGAACUCGAUUCCAGGCCCCUAGUGGAAAUCAGCUACCAAUUAGUAAUUCCCAGGUAAAUCCCCCAAUAGGCAAUCAGCUCCCGGGUGGCCAACUCCCAGCCAACGCCGUGAUGACCCCAGAGAUGCUCAAAGCAAUGUACGAGCACUUCCAGAAGCUGCAACCACAAGCUUCGAGCAUUACAAACCCUAAUCUUAAGGUUCCAGCCAAUAUUCCUAGCAAUAUCCCAAACGCCACCAACACAAACCCUAUGUCAGUUCCUCUGGAAAACCCAUCAAGCAUGAAUCCCGGAAUGAUGGCCAUGCUCUCUGGGUUGGUGAAGCCUCCCGGUCCCAGCUCAGACCGCACAAAGGAUGUUUUGGCAAAGCUCUUCCAAUCCGGGCUUGUAAACCCGCCCAAAUCCGCCCCUGUUCCACCACUAUCUGUUCUCCAGUCGCUUCUAGCGCCAAAGUCCGAAGGCAACGGAAACCCGUUGGCUGGGUUGGCUGGGAUCAAGCUCCCGUCUCUUUCCUCUAAUACAACACCACUCUGUACAAACGAGGCAGAACUCACCCAAGCGAUCGACACGGCAAAUCCAGCAGCGUUCAUCAACGAGCCAAGUCCGUACUUCCAGAACUUGUUGUACGGAAAUCGCUCAAAGAAGUGCGGGACGUGCGGGAAGCGCUUUAGCACCGCUAGCAACGUGGAGAUGAGUUACUACGAGGCCCACUUGGACUGGCACUUCCGAGUGUCCAAGAAGGUGCUUGAGAACAACGGCAAGAUCAUCCAAAACAGAGUUUGGUUUUUGGACGACUUGGAAUGGGUUGCGUUCCGCGACCGUGAGGAGAUCUUGGAGUUUUCCGUGAGUUCCAAUAGGGCAAACAGCGGGAUUAUGGAGCCACUUCCCACUCAGGCUACUCCAGAAGUAGCGCUUCCGAAACAAACCUAUGUGGUGAUUGGUUCCAGUGCAGACACCAAUACUACAUCUUGCUAUAUUUGCAAAGAAGCAAUCACGGGUGUAUAUAACGACGAUAUUGGUGAGUGGAUCUGGCCAAAUGCUGUCCAGGUGAAGCAAGCAGGGCAGUUGCGGACGUUCCACUAUUCGUGCUACGAGGAGACGUUACGAAACCAGACCCUGAUAGGCAUGGAGAGCGGUAAAAGACCUGCCGAAGGGGUGUUGAACGAGAAGGUCAAGCGGGAGAGGUUGGAAAAUUGA